UUUAAAACUCAUCCUUUAAUUUCUUUUGCUCUCAUCAUGGCGAUGUCAUUCUCAGGAGCUGUUCUCAGUGGGAUUAGUUCUUCUUUUACCAGCGGAGUAGCCAAGCAGAGCGGCGUUGGCGCCGUCAGAUUUGGCCGGAAAACUGAGCUCGUCGUUGUCGCUCAGCGCAAGAAGUCGUUGAUCUACGCCGAUAAAAGUGACGGGAACAUUCUUGAUGACAUCAACGAGGCCACAAAGAGAGCUUCGGAUUACGUGACAGAUAAGACAAAGGAGGCGUUGAAAGAUGGAGAGAAAGCAAAAGACUACGUUGAUGAGAAGAACGCUGAAGCCAAAGACAGUGCACUAGAUGAAGCUCAGAAAGUUUUGGAUUAUGUGAAGGAAAAAGGAAACGAAGGAGGAGAGGCUAAGGACACAAAGGCAUGAUGAUUCAAGUUCAACCACUUAACUAGUAGAUAUAUGUAUCAAUCCUCAUGUUUAAUAUUUUACAAUAAGAUCAGUCUGUUUUUACUUCUAUUCCACUCAUCAUCAUACGUUAAAUCAUUACCAUACCGUAAGUUAGAUUAUAUUUUGAUGAUGUCUUCAAAGCAUAUCAAUGAGGAAACUAAAGAAAGAGAACUUUUAUGGA